AUGCAAAAUGAUAUAACAGGCUGUAUAGGCGGCUCAUCAAUACAAGCUUUACAAUCGGUGUACAUAAAACCAUCAAAUGAGGUUUAUGCACGACACCUCUUGGCAACUCGUAAGCAACAGCCAAGAGAAAGUUUUGAUGAGUAUUUACACGCUCUUAAAAUUUUAGCAAAAGAAUGUAACUUUAAACAGGUGUCUGCUAUUGAAUAUUGCGAUGAAUAUAUUAGAGAUGCAUUUACAACAGGGAUAAACUCACAGGUUGUCAGACAGCGACUACUAGAAAACAGUACAAAAAGUCUGGAUGAAAUAUUUUCAAAAGCUAGAACCUUGGAAUCAGCGCAGAAAAAUGCUGAAAAUUACCUCCAGUAUAAUACAUCAGAUACAACAGUAGCUGCAAUAACAAAAAAGCCAAAGCAAUAUAACUCAAAUUUUGUUUCAAAUUGCUGGAACUGUGGGAAUCAAAUACAUGCUAAAGCUGUUUGUCCUGCUAGAGAGUCGAUUUGUUUUAAAUGUGAGAAAGUUGGUCAUUUUGCCAAGUUAUGUAAAUCUUCUAAACUUACAACAGCAGGGAUGAAUCUUGUUGAUCAACCUUUGAACUCAUACAAUCUUUCACUCACUUGA